AUGCCCGGCUACUACGGGGUGAGCUUGGCUCCAAGAACUUUUGACUGGACGUCAGAUUUCGUCAAGAUUCAAGACUUUCUGACGAAAUCCCACUGCGGUUACCACCUAGCUCAAGCAACCCAAAGGUUCGACCUGUGGAAGUUACAUCCCGUUCGCGCCGCUUCGUUCCGUGGCGAUUCCAGCGCACAACACUGCGAGUCCGCCUCCGGGGUGGAGGAUCCCGGGGCGAAGAUUUCGUAUGCAGGGAGCGAUGAUGAUGCUACCCUCGUGAGAAAGCCCCAAGAGACGGAGCUUGAAGACAGCUCCCCCGGCAGUCCAAGCGUCCGCGCCCAGGCAAGGAGGCGGUCUGCACACCUCGCAGCGAAGCAGCAGAAGAAAGAGCAGCCACCCCCCGCGGCGGCCACCAUGAACCACGACUUGGUGGCAUCUGACACGAGUGGCAUGUCCAAGUCGGCGUUGGAAGGCGACAUCGUGCUUGAGACGGAAGACGAGGACGAAGACGACGACGAGUCCUCAUUUGUGGACCCAAGGAUCCGCGACCUGGACGUUCCUGCCUCUUCUUUCGACGAGAUUGGCGAAAUCUCCAAGCUCUCGCCUCGCCGCCUCGCCAAAAAUCGCGAUCGGUCACAAACGCUCCGCGAGCUCUACAAGGCACUCACCAAGAAACAGGCCCAGCUGGGUAUUGUCUACGUCCUUGCUCAUAGGAACCUAUCUGGCCUGUUCAAAGUCGGGUUCUCUGCAACGUCGGCUGCGGCUAGGCUGAAGCAGAGCAAGAACUGCUACAAGAAGGACAUGGAUAUUAUUUAUGAGUCGGGCCAGCGCUUCUUUGGCGCAUUCAAAGCCGAGAAGCUUGCCAAGACGAUGCUACGGGACCAAAACGUUCACGUCAGAAAGUGCAGUCAGUGCGCCGCCGGGCAUGUCGAGUACUUCCAGGGGACUCGGGAGCAGAUUCUUUCUGUCGUCCACGCAAUGGAGAUGGUCUUGCAGACGGGCGCUUAUGUCCUCGACGAAGAGGUGGGUUGGAUCCUCAGCGACUUUUGGCACCAGUCCCUCGACACGUUUUCGGAUACUGCCUUUCUCCAGAAAAUGGUAUCCACGGCCCGCUCGCUCCGUGGAUCACGCGACCAUGCUGCGGCGAGGGAGGUGAAUCGCAUUUCUGAAGCCUUGGAAGCGACGGUUCAGGCCACAUACAAAGCCACGGGAGACUCUGUCCAUACACCCAAGACGCCGCACAUGCAGCAAACGCCAAUAACAACAUCAGCCUGCAACAACACCCACAUAACACUGUUCACACUGCUAUCUCCCUCUCGCAUCAUGCCUUCUGCCAUGCCAUCUCCAACCGUCAGUCCUCUCUCCUCCCAAGGUGAUGGCUCGUCACUGGGCGCCAUCAUCGCCGACAUGGACAUUGAGAACCUCUCCGAUGCCGAUUUCAACGUGAUCCAAGAUGCCUUCUAUCACCACCAAGUGGUUGUCUUUAAAAAGCAAGGCCACCUGUCCCCGAAAGCCCAGUACGAGGUCACCCAGCGCUUCGACCCCGCCGCUGCUGGUGCCUACGGACACGGCAAGACUUUGGACGCCAAGCGCUCCAUCCUACACCCCGACCUCAAGACCAUCCCCCACCAACCUCAGGUUCAGGUCAUCGGCAACGGCUUUGUAGAGAGCUACGAGGGCCUAGAGAACAUCACCCUGCGCCAUCCCCACCACCGUACCUUUCAUGCCACCCGUAUCCCUGAUGAGGAUGACCUUGACUUUACGCGCUACUACCGCUGGCACAUUGACGCCGCACUCUACGGCCUCGCACCUCCAGUAGCCACCUCUCUCCUUGCAGUCCGCGUCCCCGGCGGUCGCUCUCAGACCCUCCGCUACGACGACGGCACCGGCGACGAGAAGACCGUCCCCCUCGGCACCACGGCCUUUGUAUCCGGCGCCGCCAUGUACGAAGCCCUGUCGCCCGAGGACCAGGCCUUCUGCCGCGGCACCAAGGUCGAAUACGCACCUCACCCCUACGUCUGGAUGAGCGGCGCCCGCUCCCGCCCCGACGGCCUCGGCCUCGUCUCCGAGGGCCGCGAGCUGCCGCUGUCCGACCUCCCGCCCGUCGACGACGACGAGAUCCAGAUCCUGCCCAUGCUCUGGCGUAAUCCCGUCACCGGCGCCCUGUCGCUGCAGGUCCACCCCUCCGCUGUGCGCAAGCUGCACCUCGCCGACGGGACCGUGCUCGACGACCUCGCUAAAGUCAGGGAGAUUGUGCACAGGCUGCAGCGGCCCGGCGUUGCGCCCGAAAAGGUGUACGCGCAUGACUGGGAGGAGGGCGAUUUUGUCAUCUUCCACAACCGGGGCGUGCUGCAUUCUGUGGUGGGUGCCUUUGCCGAGCAUGAGGUCCGGCUGUUUCGGCAGUGUAACAUUGCGGGAGUGCGCUGCCAGUCGGGCCGGAGGGGGUUUAGUUCAGAUCUGCCUGGGCUUGCGAUCCAUGCCUGA